UCAUGCCCAACAUGCUGUCCCAACGCUCUCCAUCCCUUCCCCACAGCCCCCUCCCUUAAUGUAAAUGGCUACAAAGAACACUUAAUCAUCCUUGUUAAUUGUCUCUGCCCUCCCCUGUUCCCCCCUGGGGAUUUUCUCACAAAUGGUGUCUAACUUUUCCCUUCUGUGUUUUGCUUUUCCACCAGAGAUCGCAGCCCCUCCGCCCCCCAGCCCCCCCCUAGCCCUCUGUUUACACAACUGGGACAAAUUUCACACCGCAGAGACUGCAGUCCCCACACCCCCGAGUCCUUUGCUCCCCUGCCCCAAAGAAUUUGUGAGUCACCGCCGAGGCAGGGCUAUAAAUGUGUCCUCACCGAGGGUCUGCAGCAUCAGGAGGGACAGUGUCGCCUGCCACCAUGCAAGCUGCUGCCUCUUGCCUGCCUCCCCACGGGCUCCGGGUGCCUGUGGCCACUGCUUGCCCAGCUCUGGGGCUGGAGCAAGGGGGAAGGGCCCUUCCUCUCUGGAGACCGUGGCUGCCCCGAGCCCAGGAGGGACCCGGGAGGCGGCAGGAGCAGACGGACCCUGCUCAGACUCGGGACGCAGCGAGGGAUGGCGGCCCCGACAAAGCGCUGUCUUUCUUUCGGCACCCGGUCAGGCUCCUCUGGCCAAAGUCCAAGGCCUUUGACCACCUGUACGCCGUCGGGGAGAAGCUGCUGGAGAACUUCCCGGUGCAGGCCACCCUCUGCUUUUAUGAGGACUCGAGCAGCGAGGAGGAGGAGGAGGAGGAGGAAGAAGAAGAGGAGGAGGAGAAGGCAGGGGAUGUGACAGCGGGUCGCUCGUCGCAGGCUGGCAGCUCCAACCCCGGCAAGCCGUUGUGA